AUGAGGAAGGGAUUGACGAAAGAAGAGCGGAGACAAGAAACGAUUUUCACGCCUUUCUCCGAUGAAGAACUGAGGGCGUUGCGGUCUCGGAAGCGCGAUGCACCGAACGGAAAGAUGUCAAAACCGGCAGGCCAACCCACGCCACCCACAACUCGCUGUCCCCUCUGCCACUUCGACAGCCCAUCUACAUCCCCAUUCUGCACCACAUGUCUAACCCCCUACCCACCCGGUCCGGCACCCAAAUCACACGCUCAAGACAUAGUAUCGUAUGACAAAUCUCCCGACAUCUACACCUCGCCGGUCGAUGGACAGCAAGCUACACUCCUUACCUACACAUCAAACGAAGACCCCGAUGAAGACUAUCUCUGUACAGGUGGCGCCGGGCCACCCGGUACCUUAACUCCCUCUGGUGCCCACGUGGCGAUGACGCGGGACGAGCGUAGACGACUCCUGCGAGCUAGACAACAGGCAUGGAAGGAUGAUAGCUCGAGGGAGGCGAGGGAUCAGGAGCGGCGAGAGAUGGCUAGGCAGAAUGGGGUGCUGAUCCCGGGAAGUAAUCAACCGUACUUCUCGGACAUGCAAGAGGAGAAUGCGACGAGAGAGGCGUUGAGUCUGGGUAGAAGUGUUGAAGUGGAGAGGGCGUGGAUGUUGAAACUCGCGGGGUACAGGAAAGAAGCUGAGGAGGAUAAGGUACCCUUCCCGCUGAAUAUCCCUGGCUACGAACUACUGGGGAAUGUGGAGGUGACGCGGUUAGAAGGAGAUGCCGAGCUGUUGGAUGGCUGGUUGGCUAGUAUGGGUUACACUGACACCCUCACUUCCCCUAAAAGCGAUGCGAGCGGUGAGAAGAAGACGCCGCUUACCUCGAAACGACUAGCUGCUAGAACGAAACGACUCAAAGCGAUUCAGCAACGGGAAGCAGACCGGCAGUACCUAGAGCAUAUCGCGGACCUACAGCGCCAAGCACUUUCCAUGGGAUAUGAGUUCCCUGAAGGCGUACCAGGUUGGGAAGAUGUGCAUGCCUCGGAACAACAACGUAUAAUGUGGGCGGUGUAUACAAACCAAGUCAACGACAAGUCGGAGAAGAAGAGGAAAAAGGCGCGACGAGGAACACAGAAUUCAAACACCAUCACGACUCCCGAGAAGCAGGCCCAAAAAGAACGCUACACGUUCUUGAAAGAGAAACUUGAACAACCAUACUGGGAAGAGCGAGUACGUGAGACCGGAGAGUCGAGAAGCGCCAUCUUGCGAGCCGGAGGGAGGUGGCCGGAAGACGCGACAUACGAGGACGAUAAUGAUGAGGAGUUGAAGGAGCUUGUGGGUUACAUAACAGAAUUUCUGGAGCUGAAGGAAGAGUUUGAAGAUCAAUAG